UGAGUAGCGCUGCACACGUAACAAGGCGAAGUUUAUAAUUUGUAAUUUUUUUUCUUAGCAGCGUGGCACGGUUAACGAUAGAUUUAAAGUUUUAAAUGUUCAAGUAUGUCGCUCAAUAGAACAGCUGAUAAUGCAAGUCAACAACAACAACCACCACAACAAUUGAAAUCGACAACAAUUGUCAAGUAUGAAAAAUCAUCAUGUCUAUUUUGCAAUGAAUGGUUCGAUGCGCAAACAUUUACCGAACACUUGAUUCACUGUGGUCAAGUGCUGGAAGAGUGCCCCAAUAGCUGCCACGUGUUUAUACCACGCAUACGCAUGCGUUCACACCUGAAGGAGUGUCCACGCAGCAAGCAGUCGCAACAACAACAGCAGUCGCAACGCUUGAGUGUGAGCAUGGAGCGUUUGGAUCAGCAUUCAGAUCAUCGUGUGCCGGUGUUGGAGCAGGAUGUAUCCACCAUACGCUCAGUCUUGAAUGAGGAAAUACGACAACGUUUGCACUUGAUAACCGAUGUGGGCAACAUACGCAAACAGAAUCAAGUGGUGGAGGACUGGACACGUGAAACAGACCAUAAUUUGUUGGAGCUAAGAAAACAAUUGGACAUAGAGUCAGCGCAACGUGCUUUUGCCAUUGAACAGAACCAAGCGGAUUUUCAAUAUUGCUGCAAUCUCACGCAAUCUUUGAAGGAGCAGGUGAACAUUAAGCUGGAUGAGCUGCAACAGCAUAUAAAUCAACUCUCCGCCGACGUUAGCUAUCAUCAGAAUCAGCUCAAUGAUAAUAUUAUAAAGCUGGAGGAAAUUGUUUUUGAAAAUGAACGUUUAAAUAGAGAUAAAUUUGUGCAAAUCGAACAAUUUCUGCAAGAGAUCAACGAGGACUUGAAAACCAAACUGGGCAGCGGUGAUUUUGCUACCUCAAAGCAAGCUACACUCGAUUAUGAAGUUAAGAACGUCAAAAGUAUUUUACUCGAAACUGAGGAACGCUGCGAUAAGCUUUCCAAUAUUGUAGAGAACUUGGAUAAGACUAUGCAUCAGACUAUGCAAAAUAUUGCAGAUAUUGAGAAUCAAUUGGCCAUGCAGCAGCGCAUAUCAAGCGUACAGAAUAUUCGAGGGCACUUGAUAUGGCGCAUCAAGGACUACUCGAAGAAGCUAGAAGAAGCCAAGCAAUACGAUUCUAUACUGCAUAGCGCCAUGUUCUCCAACAAAGCCUAUGGCUAUGCAUUGCGUCUGGAUAUAUAUCUAAAUGGAAAGGGCACCUGGAAGGGACGCAACCUGAUUGCUUGUCUGAAUGUUUUGUCCGGCGAAUACGACCCACUUUUGCCAUGGCCAUGUCGCCUGCAGGCUGAGAUUAUAAUACGCGAUCAGAGUGGCAUUGAGCAGGAUGCGCAGGACUACGUAAAGAUCAUACAAGUGCGCAAAAAGAGCGAUGAUUACAUACAAAGCAAUCAAUACUUUCAUAUACCUCACAGAGUUAUAACUAGUCGUAAUUAUUUGCGAAACGAUUCGCUCUAUGUGGAAGUUAAAGUAAUAAAGUGAAAUACAUUUUUACGUGUUUAGCUUUAUUAACAUCCAUAUAUAUAUAUAUGUAUAUAAGUAUUUAUAUUUAAAAAUACGAGCAAGGUAAAAUAGUUUAGUGUUUCGUCAACAAGCUUGCAUUAAAAUUUGUUUCAAUAGUAUAAAAUAUAUGUAUGUAUAGUUAUACAAAAUUUAAAAUUGUUUGUCUUUUGUUUAAAUGCUGUUGGAAAUUUGAGGCACAGUUGAGAAUGGUUUCGUUUGCUUAAAAGUAAAUUGCACUGGGUUUAUUUCUGUAGUUAGAUUUGUCAACAAUACACUUACGA